AUAAAGUUGCAUUUGGCUGUACAAAAUGUUGACUCGAAAUGCUGAACAAGUUUUGAGAAUUUUCCUAAUUUUAGCGAAAAUGCGUAAAUUAAAACUGCGAUUAAAACAGAAGCGCCGAUUUUGGGUUCGGAAAUUGUACUUAGAGCGACACAAAUAUGGAUUGUUUGAAAGUUCAUUAAGAAACUUGGCUGCAGAUGAGGAGCAGUUUAACAAUACAUUAAGAAUGCCCUUUUCGUUAUUUAAUGUGCUGCACGAAUUUCUGGAGGCUUCGCUGACCAAAUAUUCAAUCAGAACACCAAUAUCGAGUCGCUGCAGACUAUUUAUAACCCUGAUAUAUUUGGCUCACGGUGGCACUCGGCAAUUCCACACAAUAGUUCACAGGAUCGGCCUGACGACUUUCAGGAAGAUUACGUUGGAGACAUGUAUGACCAUAUGGGAUCUGUUAGCUGACCUGUAUGUGGCGACCCCGUCAGAAACGGAAUGGGGACGUAUUUCCAAUGAGUUCAAGUCGCUGUGGAAUAUGGCCAACUGCGUUGGUUCCAUCGACGGACCAGCAUCGACCUGUCCAGCAAAUUCCGGGUCGAUGUACUAUAAUUACAAAGGCAAUUAUAGUAUCGUGCUUUUGGCCGUAUGUGAUGCCAAUUAUACCUUUACCUGCGUUGACAUCGGAGCAUAUGGAAGUCAAAGCGAUGGCGGUGUCUACCACUUUUCAAAACUGGCAGAUGCUAUUGAAAAUGAUAGGCUCGGCCUUCCACAUGAUCAGCCUCUGCCAGGAGAAACCGAGCCAUUUCCACAUUAUUUAGUAGGAGAUGCAGCUUUUCCCUUACGGCGUUAUUUAAUGCGACCAUAUCCGGGUAGAGGUAUUCCAGAAGAGCAAGAGUAUUUCAAUAAAAGACUCUCUCGUGCAAGAAGAGUUAUAGAAAACGCAUUUGGAAUACUCACUGCCAAAUGGCUUGCUUGUAUUGUCUUGCAUAAUUUUAUUAAGCUUUCGUGUGCAAACUAUGUAGCAAGCGAUUUUGUUGAUCGCUACGAAGAGGAUGCCACCAUCGCUGGCUCAUGGCGAAACGAAGUAGUUCCAUUGCCCUCAAUAAGUAGGGUGUCAUCGAACCGAGGCAGUUCAAAUAAUUAUGAUUUAAGGGAUGCUCUGAAGACACAUCUUUUUAACAAUAAAAUUUAA